AUGAUGGACGCUCAGAGGGUCCAGUCGUCCUACAGGAAGCGCUUCGGGUCGCAGGGCUCCGGGGCCGGGGGGGGCGGCGGCGGCGGCGGCGGAGGGGGUCUCAGGGCGGGGAGCCUCUCCUCUAGCCGCUACUCCUGGCACGGCGGCAGCAGCCUCCCCCGCCACCUCAGCCAUCACCCCGGCGCCGCUCACUCCCCCUCCCUCCGCCUCUCCCUGGGCUCCUCGGCCGGCGGCGGCGGCGGCGGCGGUGGCGGCGAGCGCCUGGACUUCCCGGCGGACUCGCUGAUGAAGGCGCACUACAAGGAGACCCGGACCAACGAGAAGGUGCAGAUGAUGGGGCUGAACGACCGCUUCGCCAGCUACAUCGAGAAGGUGCGCUUCCUGGAGCAGCAGAACAAGAUGCUGGUGGCCGAGCUGAACCAGCUCAAGGCCAAGGAGCCCAGCCGGCUGGGCGACAUCGUCCAGGAGGAGCUGCGGGAGCUGCGCCGGCAGGUGGACGGGCUGGGGGCCGCCAAGGGCCGGCUGGAGAUCGAGAGGGACAACCUGGCCGGGGACCUGGCCACGCUCAAGCACAGAUUGCAAGAGGAAACUGGGCAGCGACAAGACGCGGAGAACAACCUCAACGUUUUCAGACAGGAUGUGGACGAGGCGUCUCUGAACCGCAUCCAGCUGGAGAGGAAGAUCGAGGCCCUGAACGAUGAGAUCGUCUUCCUCAAGAAGAUCCACGAGGAGGAGCAGCGGGAGCUCCAGGAGCAGGCUCUGGCCCAGCAGGUCCACGUGGAUCUGGACGUGUCCAAGCCCGACCUGACGGUCGCCCUGAGGGACAUCAGGGUGCAGUACGAGUCCAUGGCCUCGUCCAACAUGCAGGAGACAGAGGAGUGGUACCGCUCCAAGUUUGCCGACAUGACGGACUCGGCGGGCCGGAACGCGGAGGCCCUGCGCCUGGCCAAGCAGGAGGCUAACGACUACCGCCGGCAGCUCCAGGUGCUGACCUGUGACCUGGACUCCCUCCGAGGAACGAACGAGUCGUUGGAGCGUCAGCUGCGUGACGUAGAGGACCGCUGCGCCAUGGAGACGGCGAGCUACCAGGACACGGUGAACCGUCUGGAGGACGAGAUCAACGGGCUGAAGGAGGAGAUGGCCCGCCAUCUGCAGGAGUACCAGGACCUGCUCAACGUCAAGCUGGCCCUGGACAUCGAGAUCGCCACCUACAGGAAGCUGCUGGAAGGGGAGGAGAGCAGGAUCACAGUUCCUGUGCAGAGUUUCGCCAAUAUGCAGUUCAGAGAAACAAACGUCGACACCAAACCCCCGGAGGCCACCGUGAAGAGAAGAGUCUUGGUCCGCACCGUGGAGACCCGAGACGGGGAGAUCAUCAAGGAGUCCACCGAGGAACGCAAGGAUCUGCCCUGAUCUCUGUGUCUACAAAACAACAAAAAAAGAAAACUAGCCAACCACUAACUUAUGUAUCCAAAUUAAAAAUCGACCCUAGAAUCAUAAAAGCCCCUCCAAACCAUCAAACCAAUUACGAAGUCAUGAUUUUCCUCAUGAUUCUCCCCA